AGAAUUUGAAUUCCAUAAAAGAAUUCUACUAUUUAUUUUUUUUUUUUGAAAAUGGCUUUUCGCAAUGGCACCACCACCACCACUAUAAACCACCAGAAUGGCGCUUCAAUUAUCCUUAAAAAUGGCAGCACCGAUGAGUUUGGGUGUAUUAAGCCCGGGUGGUUCUCGGAGUUUAGCCAAUUGUGGCCUGGCGAAGCAUUCUCACUCAAAAUUGAAAAGUUACUAUUCCGAGGGAAGUCUGAUUAUCAAGAUGUUAUGCUCUUUGAGUCAACAACUUAUGGGAAAGUUCUGACUUUGGAUGGAGCAAUUCAACACACAGAAAAUGGUGGAUUUCCAUACACGGAAAUGAUCGUUCAUCUCCCACUUGGUUCCAUUCCCAAUCCAAAAAAGGUGUUGAUCAUCGGUGGAGGAAUUGGUUUUACAUUAUUCGAAGUCCUUCGCUACCCUACAAUCGAAAAAAUAGACAUAGUUGAGAUUGAUGACGUUGUAGUAGAUGUAUCUAGGAAAUUCUUCCCUUACCUAGCAGCUGGUUUUGAUGAUCCCCGUGUAACACUAGUUCUUGGAGAUGGGGCUGCAUUUGUGAAAGCUGCACAAGUAGGAUAUUAUGAUGCCAUUAUAGUGGACUCUUCUGAUCCAAUUGGUCCAGCAAAAGAAUUGUUUGAGAGGCCAUUCUUUGAGGCAGUAGCCAAAGCUCUUAGGCCAGGAGGAGUUGUAUGCACACAGGCUGAAAGCAUUUGGCUUCAUAUGCAUAUUAUUAAACAAAUUAUUGCUAAUUGUCGUCAAGUCUUUAAGGGUUCUGUCAACUACGCUUGGACUACUGUUCCUACAUAUCCAACAGGGGUAAUUGGUUAUAUGCUUUGCUCUACGGAAGGACCAAAAGUUGACUUCAGAAAUCCAGUCAACCCAAUUGACAAAAAGCCUUCUCAUAUCAAAUCCAAAGGACCUUUGAAGUUCUACAAUUAUGAUAUUCAUAAAGCAGCUUUUAUUUUGCCAUCGUUCGCAAGGAAUUUGAUGGAGUUGGAAUGAAAUUCAUUAAGCAAGUUUUCUGGAUCGUUUGAAGGCGUAAAAAUGGUUUCACCUUGGAGCUAUCUUGAGUUCUGUAUUGUUAUAUUUUUUGAGAUGUCAGAAAUAAUUUAGUGUUGUACAUAUGUGGACGACGUUGUUUUUGUUGAUGGUUAUUUUAAAUAAAAGGAAAGUUAAUUGUACUUGGUCAGGUGAAACAAUUUGUCAAUUAUUUGCAAACUAUUAUCUAAGAUAAAAUUACAAACAAAAAAAAAAAUUAAAAUAUUUUAUCAUGCUAUACUAUUUCUUAGACACAAAUUGCCACGACUCAAAACAGAGGUCAAUAACGAGCAGAUAAAUAAGUUAUUCAACUUUAGCAAAACUAACAACACAUCAUAAAGUAUAAAUAUUCAUUGGACUCAACCGCUAGAAUUCCCAUGAUCUGCUACAGCUCAUAUCUUAGACACACACACACACACAGACAAAAAAAAAAAAAAAAAGACAAAAUCAAGCAUAACAGUAAUCAAAACAUUAUAUGCAAUCAAAUGCAAGGAGCAAGUUACAUAAAACGAUACUCCCUCCGUCCCAAUU